AUACCAAUGUUUAAAAAAUAUGGAAAAACAUAAAGAACUUAAACCAUAUCAGUGUUCACAGUGUCUGAAACGUUUUAGUGUGAAAUAUAUACUUGUGAGACAUAUGAGAGUACAUACAGGAGAUAAACCAUAUCAAUGUUCAGAGUGUCUGAAAUGUUUUAAUCAAAAAGGCAGUCUUGUGAGACAUAUGAGAGUACAUACAGCAGAUAAACCAUAUCAAUGUUCAGAGUGUCUGAAAUGUUUUAGUAUAAAAGGCAAUCUUGUGACACAUAUGAAAGUACAUACAGGAGAUAAGCCAUAUCAAUGUUCGGAGUGUCUGAAAUGUUUUAAUCAAAAAGGCAGUCUUAUGAGUCACAUGAAAGUACAUACAGGAGAUAAACCAUAUCAAUGUUCUGAGUGUAUGAAAUGUUUUAGUCAAAAAAGCAAUCUUGUGAGACAUUUUAAAGUACAUACAGGAGAUAAACCAUAUCAAUGUUCUGAGUGUAUGAAAUGUUUUAGUCAAAAAAGCAAUCUUGUGACACAUUUUAAAGUACAUGCAGGAGAUAAACCAUAUCAGUGUUCAGAGUGUCUGAAAUGUUUUAAUAAGAAAAGCUGUCUUGUGAGACAUAUGAGAGUACAUACAGUAGAUAAACCAUAUCAGUGUUCUGAGUGUAUGAAAUGUUUUAGUCAAAAAGGCCAUAUUGCGAGACAUAUGAAAGUACAUGCAGGAGAUAAAACAUGUUAGUGUUGAAUGUUAAAG